UGUGUCGAAAGAUCUGGUGUCGGAUGAACUUUUUAAUUUCUUCUAAAUAAUUUUGAAUUUCAACUUGUUUUAACCGUUAAUACACAUUCGACAAAAUUCUUUCGACUGAUAGUCAUUGGAGGAACUUAGGAAAGUCCAGUGCCUUCUGAUUUACCAUCGAAAAGAUGGUUGACACACAGGGAGGUAACUUUAUUGUUAUAAAAGCCAUAGGUUACAUGUCAGCUUAUAAAUUGAAAGCCGAUUAUCUUCGGUUCGGUUAAUGUUGUUCAUUCGUGUAUAAUUUUCAACUAGCAUAGAUCGCGACUAUGAUAGCGUGAUAAAAGGGAGAAAAACAUGCAAAGUGUGCACAGGCCGGCUUUUACGAUGGGACGCUACGUGAUACCGUUGCAGUUGCUGUUGGGCUUCGUGAUCAGGAUGGGCCUGAUAUCGUCGCAGUACCGCGAAGUGAUCGCAGACCGGGUCGAAAUCUCGACGUUGCUCAACUCCUGGAAAAGGGUGACCGAAGGGGUUUCACUCUACAGAUUCGGGAUAAGCCCUUACUCCGGGGAUAUUUUCCACGAGAACCCAAUCGCCUUGUAUUUCUGCGAUUUCAUGAUUAACAGCAUUCCUGGAUGUAUCGGGGUCGUAUUCGUCUUGACGGACCUGAUGACCGCACUGGUGCUGUAUCUAACAGCUAAGGAUUACAUGGAGGAGACUGAGAGAAAGCAGGAGAUGGAGAUGAAGACAUAUGCGGAAGGGACCGAAGACUUACUUCUCUCGGAUAAAGACUUUAAAAUGUCUCCGGUCUAUGUUCUCGCAGCUUAUCUAUUCAACCCGUAUUCGGUAUUGAACUGUGUAGGCUUCACGACAACCACCUUUGGUAAUUUUUGCCUGGCACUGACUUUCUACUGCAUGAUCAAGCGGCUUCGCCUACCUUGCUGCUUUUUCCUCGCCUUGACUGUCCUGCAGUUAUUCUACCCGGUCGUACUGCUUGUACCAAUUUGUAUAUACAUUGAUGGUAAAAAAGGAAAAUUUUCUUCUGUUUUGACAGUUGUGACCUUUUUGUCUGUGCUGUCGCUGCUUUUGUUUGUAUCAUAUAAGAUAUCUGGGGAUUGGGCUUUCAUGCAUUCCGUCUACAUAGUUAUGCUGACGGUCUCAGAUUUGAGGCCCAACAUCGGCCUCUUCUGGUACUUUUUUACAGAAAUGUUUGAACAUUUCCGUCUUCUGUUUAUAUAUUCAUUCCAGCUGAACGCAACACUUCUAUAUUUAGCGCCGCUAAGCUUCAGGUUUCAUUCCAAUCCAAUGCUCCUUGCGACCAGCCUCACCGCUCUCAUCACUGUGUUCAAAUCGUACCCAUGCCUCGGGGACGUCGGGUUCUACAUGUCGCUCCUUCCAAUGUGGAAACACCUUUUCAACAGCAAGCUCGUUGUACCGGAUUUGCAGCAGAUGUUUGUCAUUCUGUGCUCGCUCAUCAUCACUUCAAUCCUAGGCCCUACCGUCUGGCACUUGUGGAUUUAUUCUAGGUCGGCCAAUGCCAACUUCUACUUCGGUGUCACCCUGGCGUUCGCCACUGCACAGAUAUUCUUGAUAACGGACAUACUGUUCGCGUACAUCAAGAGGGACUUUAUACUCAGGAAUAAAAAUGUUAGUGAUGUCCACAAGGAUAAAUUAAAACUCUCUUUAGAAUAAAAUGACUGAACAUAAUUACCUCAUUGGGGAAUCAUGAGGUGGAAAUCAAAUUUGUGAUAUUUUCUAGACUCGUACCCAUUAAUUACUCACUUUCUAGAAACUGUUUUCUUUUUUCCUAGUUUAAACUUUAAGCGUAAAUUGUUUUGCAUUGAAAAAUGUUUUACCACAUCUGUCGUUUUGUGUUUUCACUCCAUUGUCUUGUUACAAGACUGUUAUUUCACUAAUUGUACCAAGAGUACAACAAUUUGUAAAUAUUAAUCAUUUUUAAAUACAACUUAAAACUUUUCUACAAUAUGAUAUUUAAGAAAAUUUUCGCCUUAUGUUUUGUAAAUAAAGCUAAUAAAAUAUUUAAAAAUUCCA